UUGACUACUACAUCUACUACUGCCCAGCUCCAGGAUAGGUAACAGCCCUGCUCAGACCACUCUUCUCAGACCUCUGUACUCUUCCAGGACCUGGGCCCUGCCUUGUACCUCUCUGCCCCCCUCCUCUGACUAUCCUAUGACCGUGACCAUGGCUGACAUCAACAACGGUUAUGAACAGAAGUUCCAGACGGACAGACAUCAUAAAGAGAUUGACCUGAUCAACAGAGACCCCAAGCAAGUCAACGAGGAUGUAGUGAAGGUGGACUUUGAGGACGUGAUCGCUGAGCCUGACGGGACUCACAGUCUGGACGGGGUGUGGAAGGCCAGUUACACCACCUUCACUGUGUCCAAAUACUGGUGCUACCGUAUCCUGUCUGCCAUUUUGGGGAUCCCCAUGGCUCUACUGUGGGGCUUCCUAUUUGCCUGCCUCUCCUUCUGCCACAUCUGGGCUGUGGUGCCGUGCAUUAAGAGCUGCAUGAUAGAGUCCCAGUGUUUCAGCCGUAUCUACUCCCUGGCCAUACACAUCUUCUGCGACCCGCUAUUUGAAGCCCUGGGAAAGAUAUUCUCAAGUGUUCGGGUGGUGCUACAGAAGGAUGUGUAAGGUUCAGAAGCAUGGGUCAGAUUAAUAAUUGGAUAGGGUAGUGAUGGUGCUGCACUGUCUACUCUCCUCUCUAAAGUAGGCCACUUCCCUGGCCACAUGUCUGGUUGCUGAUGCUGGGUCUGAGUCUGACUCCUUUUCAAAAAAGAGCUUGUGAUUGAUAGAGAUUAGUGUGUUCAAUCAGAAGACAAAAAGAAUAGUGCUCUUAAUUUGACCUCUCUUUUGUUGCUGAGAAUUGCAAAUGUUUAGUGUAUUCAAGGUUUAAAAUGCCUUCUAAAAAAUGUAAUUUCCACUUUAAAAUGUCAGAAUUGACUUUAAAAAUGUUUCAAGUUCCUGUUGUUGCAGGAUUAUUUUCUGCUGUGGCAAACUGCCUUAAAAUAAGGUCCUACUGUACAUUUGUACAUGUAGAUGGGGAGUCAAUUAUGGUCUGUACAACAUGGUACACUGCAAAAAACACUCAUCCAUGAUUGAUUUAAUGGUAUUCCAUACUUUAUUUUACAAACUUUAUAAAAAAAAAGAUAUAUUGUGUUUUCUUUUUAGUUAUUUU